UUUCGGGAUUGCACCACACCGGUAGUCCCGGAGUAGCCCUCGCGACCGCCUGUCGUGUUUCCAGCUCAACGAUGAAGUCAGGAGCGACCGCAGAACUUUAGAUUUGAGAAUUGCUUCAGCGAAAACUCACAAAAUAGAGAAAUUCCUCCAACUUCAAUAUCAUUCGAACGCGCCGUCCGAGAGGAGAAGAAUGAUGCUUUGCCCGUUGGUCAUAUCGGUGUGUUUGGGGCUGAGUACUCCGGUGUAUUCGACCGUUGAUUUCGCUCCCUUGGAAACGAAAGCUUCAACGACCAAAGAAACGACAGAACUCACGUCGAGCACGAUCUGCUCUCGUUGUACAUGUAUUCAGCGCGAAAUCGUCUGUCGUGGGAGGCCGAAACUGAUGGACCUGGCGAAUCUCCAGAUUCCGGCCAACUACAAUAAGCUUGUCCUCUCGUCCAACCAGCUCACCCGACUUCACCCUGACAGCUUUAAAUCCGGCAUUGAUCUUACUGAAAUCGACCUCACCUACAAUGAGAUCGGCUUCAUCGCCGGCAACAGCUUCCAGCCGUUCAAGAACUUGACGACGUUAUGCCUGGCGCACAAUAACUUGGUCACGCUGGAGGAUGACAGUUUCGCCGGCCUCGAGAAACUUCAGAAACUCGACAUUUCGCACAACAGAUUCAAGAUCUUGAACCCGGCGUAUUUUGAAAAACUUGUGAAUCUUCAAUUCCUGAUCCUUGACUCAAACGCUUUGGUUCAUCUCCACGGCUCGAUCUUCAAGAAUAACAUCAAACUCACCCACUUGUUCAUGAACAAGAUAAGCGCCUCUCAACUAGAAGACGACAUCUUCCAAUACACUCGAAACCUAAGGGUGCUCCAUCUGGAAGACAAUUUCCUGGAAGAUGUUCCCCGGAAGGCGCUCGCGAAGCUGCCCUUGCUCGAGGUUCUCUAUCUGAGCGGGAACCCAAUCCACGUCAUUUCGGCGAUGGCAUUCCCUAAACUUCCGAAUCUGCAAACACUAGUCCUGGAUGGCAUGUACAAUCUGGGAUUGAUUGACAUUUACGGCUUCACGGAUCUGCCACUUUUGAGAAACUUGAAGAUACAGCAUUGUACGAACCUGGUCUAUAUCGACCCGCAAGCUUUCAACCUCGACAUACAGAAAGAGCACUCGAGAUACCCGCAACUGAAACAUUUCGUUCUCCACGACACGAGUGUAACGACCCUCAGUGAAAAACUGCUCAACUGGGACGAUCUUGAAGACCUCGACAUCUCUGGAAAUCAUUUCCAUUGUAAUUGCAAUCUGAGUUGGAUAAUCGACGUGGUUCGGAAGAACGACGUUAACAACAAUAUCAAAUGCCAUAGUCCGGAAGCUCUCGCCGACCGGGUUAUUGGACGCAUUCAGCCCAAAGAAAUGAUAUGUGAUAAUUACCACCCGAUGAAGGACGAUGGAGAGUCGGCACCGUAUCACGAGCGUGCUCCUGUCAUUCCGGAAUCACGAAGGUUCUCCCUGCUGCAUCUGUCCGUGAUCGUGAUGCUCAGCGUAACCAUCGCGCUCAGUGUGCUCCUCGUGCUCUCGAUACGGCGACGGGGCUUCAUCUACAGGAAAUUAGGCGGCAAGCCUGCCCCGAUGACUUAUGCCGGGGGCGAGAAUGUCCUCUACAUGCGAACGACUAUCGACUGCUAGGACCCUAGCUCGUGCUCAUUCUCUUCCCGAAAUCGAAAGUUCCGAUCUUGGAUCAUGGAGUCGGAUGCGACGGGAAGAGCGCUCGACCUGCUCCAGGAGCUAUCAUGCCAUCUGAUCACUGGAACAAUUACACCCAUUGAUAUUUGUUUCUCUUUCGGCACCUACAUCCGACACGUUUAUCGUCACUUCUCCGAAAUGACGUGAGCCAUUGGGAAUGAGGAGAGUUUCCCAAAUAAUGUCGGUCACAAGAAGCGCUUAGUGUUGUCGCAAAGUUCCCAUUCGCUCACAUGCGGCAAGAAGAAGAAAUGCUUGUAACUAUUGAUCCACUGGGCACGUUAAGCAGACCGUUGGAGGGGAAUUUUAAGGACAAAAAAUGUAGAUUCUGAUUCGGAAGUCGAUGGUUGUACAGUCCGCCGUUGAUCCUCAGCGAGUCUCCGGAAUUUGUAAAAAGAUAGGAACUAUUUAUAUAAGUGGAAUAAGGGCUCUUACCUCGCUGGUUCGCCCCGCCUCACAGUGAUGAAUAAAACCCCGAACGUGAAAA